AUUUCAAAUUUUUGAAAAAGUCCAAAAAGAGAGAAAAAUCGAACAAUUACAAUAUCCAUUGAGUAUGAUUUGGUGCUUGGUGUCGGCGGUGGAGUCACCUUAGCGUGACACCAAAAUCUGUUUUUGGCGCGCGUCCACUUCCUUUCACAUCUUCACUGUUCAUAACAAAACCCUUCAUCAUCAUCUUCUUCUUCUUCUUUCUUCUGAUUGUUGUGGAAUUGGCAUGAACGAUCACAACCCAUAAAAAAGACCCUUCAUUUCCGUCCCAUGAUCGACUUUCCACUUUCCUCAUGGUCACGGACUCCAUAGCCACUCCCCGUCGCGGCCUCCUAGUUGGAAAUUACUGCCACGACGUCCUUCACCGCGAUGGCCGCAUCUCCGCCGAGACCCUGGGCGGGGCCGCCUCCUUCAUCUCCGUCAUCCUCGACGCGCUCUCUCUCCCCUUCCACACCGUGUCAAAGGUGGGCCCGGAUUUUGCCUAUGCCGCUGCUACAUCCUCGCACCCACCAUUAACGAUGCCCACAUCGCGAACCACCCUCUUCCACGCCCAUUUCGGUUCGGGCAACCCGGACCGUCUCCUGAACCGCGUGAUUUCCUGCGACCCAAUCCGACCGGACGACCUCCCGGUCCAGACCCGGUUCGCGUUCGGCCUGGCAGUCGGGGUCGGCGGGGAGAUUCUCCCGGAGACUCUUGAGAAGAUGCUCGAGAUCUGCGACACCGUGUUCGUCGACAUUCAGGGUUUGAUUCGCAGGUUCGGUCCCUCCGACGGUCGCGUUAGCCACGUGACGCUCAACGAGAGCGGGUUCCUCCACCUCUUGCCUCGCGUUGCGUUUCUCAAGGCCUCCGCCGACGAGGCGUCGUUCAUCGACGUAGAGGAGGCGAGAAGGUGGUGCUGCGUGGUCGUCACGCACGGGAAGGAUGGGUGCGAGGUUUUUUCUGAAAACGGUGCGUUUCGGGCCGCGCCGUGCAAGGCUUAUCAGGUUGAUCCCACCGGCGCCGGCGAUUGUUUUCUCGGCGGCUUUGCUGCUGGGAUUGUGAGGGGCUUGAGCGUGCCUGAUGCGGCCCUGUUGGGGAACUUCUUUGGGUCGUUGGCCGUGGCGCAAGUGGGACCCCUUAAGCUUGACUCCAACAUGGUUCAGAUGAUUAAGGAUGAGAUGCAAAAAAGGGAGGUGCAGGAUAUUCCCUGCUUAGAAAGUACAAAUGGGUGCCCGGGGAUUUGGAAGGCACAUGAGCAAGACCAGUUCCAUGCAUCUCUUGUUGCUGUCAAAAACAUAAUUACAGGUUCUACUAACCUCUCAUAAAGUGUUGGAGCAAACUAAUGUGAAGGCAAGACGACUGAAUUCUGUGAGCGAGGAAUCGGUUCCAAGCGUUGAUGGAAAACCUUAAUAUGGUAUAGAUGGAGUUCCAUAUCUCAAUGCAAUUCUCCACUUCCCUUCAUUUUGUCUCUCAAAUAGGUUAGAGAUGGCUUCUCUUCCAGAAAUCUUUCAUUUUAUUGCACCUUUUGUACACCAAGUCUCACCUGCAGCCUAAUUUGUAGUUUUAUUACUAAUAAAUUAUUCUUAAAAAAUCAAGAAAUUUAAAUUCCA